UAAAGCGGUGACACUUCUCGCGAUAUCUUAAGACAUCCGGCGCCGGAGAAGUAGGAGGAGCUCGCGAGAUCUCUGCAGUUGCCCAGGAGACGACGAGGAGGAGGAGAGGUGAUCUCGCGAAAGAAAAGAGGUCGGGAGCGCUCGCGAGAUCUCAGACCGCCGGACCCGAAAAGCUUUUUAGGAAGUUGAAGGGCCCAGAGGAGGCCCCGGGGCAAAUGGCCGGAGCUGGACCAACCAUGCUGCUACGAGAGGAGAAUGGCUGUUGCAGCCGGCGUCAGAGCAGCUCCAGCGCCGGGGACUCGGACGGGGAGCGCGAGGACUCGCCGGCCGCGCGGGCCCGGCAGCAGCUGGAGGCGCUGCUCAACAAGACUAUGCGCAUUCGCAUGACAGAUGGACGGACCCUGGUCGGCUGCUUCCUCUGCACCGACCGCGACUGCAAUGUCAUCCUGGGCUCGGCGCAGGAGUUCCUCAAGCCGUCGGAUUCCUUCUCGGCGGGGGAACCCCGUGUACUGGGCCUGGCCAUGGUACCCGGCCACCACAUCGUUUCUAUUGAGGUGCAGAGGGAGAGCCUGGCAGGGCCUCCCUAUCUCUGACCUCGAUCGCGCAUGCUUUGCAGACCAUUAAACCUGGAACGAAG